AUGCCGAGCAUCUUCGGGAAGUCCGGCUCCACCGCCAGCCGUGCCAAGAUCCGGAACAAGUCCAUCCGCGGAACCAUUUCGGCUCCGAUACCGUUACCCCGGAGUCCCGAAGACGACGAGUUUCCAAUUCGGAACUCGAAGCCGGCCAAAGCGUCAGUGGCGGCCGACGAUGAAUUCCCAAUGCGGACUCCGGGUACCGGAAUCGCCAUACCUCUGCCGCCGCAUCUGAGUCCGGGACCAUCGCCAGAGGAGCCAGUUGAACAGCCAGGAGAGCCUGCGGUCAGAGAGCAGCAGAGCCAACCGACCGGUGACGGAGAGCCUGGCUCCGAUAGCAGUACGGAACGUGAGCAAGAUCAGAGGAAACUGCAGGCCCCCGCACCUGCCGCCGCAUUUGCGUCAGUCAGCGGCAGCUCAAGCGACAGCCGCACGGAUUUGUUGGCACGGGAGACCCGGCCGGAACCUCCCUCCACUCCGCCGCCGGAGCCUCCGCAAUCUUCAGCAUCUCGCCCAACAUCGCGCCCAGCAUCACGGUCGCCCCCAACCCAGUCUUCAAGGAAAGAUUCGCCGUUAGCCGUCUCUCCCUCGCCGGUUCUUCCACCAACGAGGAGAGCCACAAAUCCUGUUCUGAGUACCAUGAGAUACUCUGUUGUUAGCGACGCUCCCAGCAAGCAUACCGCACAAAGCAAAGAUGCUCCGCAGCGGAAGAAGUCAACACUGCGAUCCGCUCUAGGAAGACUGUUCGGACGUGGCAGAAAGAAGAACAUAAAUGGAAACCAAGAUUCUGGUGCGGCAUCUGCGCGCGAGUCUGCACCACUGGCGCCAACUCAGCAUCAUAGCGAUCCCACUGCACUUGUUCGACCCAGCCGAGGAUCACCGCAUCGCUCAGCCUCGCUCCCCAUCAGUGAGUUUGAUCGACCCCUGCGGUCCCACUCCAUUGGCCUAGAGGACAUCAUGGCCAUUGAGAGUGCGCGCAACUCACUACACGCUGAGACCGAAGCGCCUGGGUCUAGCACAGGGGCCGGUAUCCGGCGGCGCGCUGCCACUACCGGCGGCCAUACCUUAUUGCGCCCCCACCUGUUCAACCGAGAGUUUGGCUCUGGCUUGUCUCCCCGGCCAGCCAGUGCACAGGGUCGGGCGAUCCGGGCAGACCGGCGGCCCGAGGCCGAGGAUCCCAGCGAGAUUGGCCGGGCAAUCGCAAGUGACAGCGGCGGGGGCCUUCGCCGGCGGUCCCGGAGCCUUUCCGGACUGCCAAACUUCGCCAGCGCGCAGCCCAUGGGUCGUCGGCGGAGCGACGAGAUUCGCUACUGGCGCGAGUCAUACGACCCGGGAUUCAUGUCACCGCUGUCAUCAAAUGCACAAGACGAUGUCGACGACACCGCCAUGGCCGAUGUGAGCGCGCCCGACAGCCCCGCUGUCGAGAGGCCGCCCAAGACCCCUCCUCAGCCCUUCAACUUUGGUCUUCUCCAAAAGGAGAUGAUUGGGAUGAAAAUAACGCAUGCAGCCGACAUGGACACGCGCCUCGUCAACCUCGAGUCCCGUACUGUGCAGCUGGAACGAGUGGUGGACCACAUAUGCCACGCAGUCCCCGGGUUCAAGACACCCGCCGGCCAAGUGGACAUGUCUCAGCCAGGCAGCUCACGGCGCUCGAUAGAACCCGACGCCUGCUCCCAGGUCUUGUCGGGUGAAUACCCCGCCAACACCGGGUCUCUGUAUCCGACCUCACCCUCUGUUCCCCAAGCCAAGGCCCCCAUCCCAUCCGCAACGCCCCUCGCCUCGAACCGCCCUGCAUCCGGCUCCACGGCCCGUGGCGCGGCGAGUUUCCCAACCCCGGGGCACGGGCCCAGCACCACCACCCCCAACACCGACACCAAAACCACACGCAAGGACGUGAACGAGGUAAUCGCGCAGCUCCGAGCCGACCUCGACGCCGAACGAGCCGCCCGGCAAGCCCUCGAGGCGCAGGUCAAGAAGCUGUCGGAGCGCGUCAACACGCUCUCAACGACCAUGUUCGCCAUGGUGCGCCGGGCGCCGUCCGAGUUGUCGCGCUCCUCCCAAGAGCGGCUGGGGCAGCCGGGGUCGUCGAGUUCAAUGGCACUUGGGAGCUCACCGCCCAAGGGCUGCAGCAGCGGUCUGCUCGUCGUACAGUCGGCGCCGGCGCCGGCACCGGCGUUUAUGCUGCUGCCGCAGGAACAGUUGUCUGUUUUCGAGGAGACGGAUGAUGAAGAUGAUGAUGAGAAUGGCGAGGGUGGAGAUACCGAGGGGCGAAUUGAGAAGAAGAGGCAAGAGUCGUCAUCGCUGACGGCCCCGGGCGGGUUGGAAGAGGAGGGAGAGAUUACCGAGGAUGAUUUCCAGACGCCGAGAGAAGAAGGGACGCCGUUUGUGGUCGGUUAUGGGGUGUUGGGUGAGGACUUGGGGCCUGUCGAGGAUGAUGGUGAUGAUGAUGGUCGCGAGGAGGGGGAGGAGGAGGAGGAGGAGGAGGAGGACAAUUUGCGGGCGAAGAAGGCGGCAAGGACGCUCAGUCUGAGCCAGCUCACGCUGGGGAAGGGGCAGCGCACUAGGAUAUGA